AUUCAAUGUAGGCAUGUAUGAAUUGACCAUGGGAGUAAAUGAAAGGGGAUUGGAGGGAAGGAAGGAGGGUUGUGCUAAUUAAGACGCAGAAAGUAGUUGGUGGUGUUCGGACAGGCUGAAAAAGAAACACACGCAAAGAGGAGGAAAAAACAGGGAGGGAGAGCCCACGAAGAAGGCCCUUCUUUUUCCCUUCUUCCAUUCAUUUUUCUUCAGGGCUUUUUUCAUGAGUUCUGCACUUCUUUUCUGAAGGGCGUUGAUUUGGGUUGUUCCUUUUUUUUCCCAUGAAUCGAGGGUUCUCCUCCUCAUUUGGGUACGUCGGAUUUGCUGGUUGCUAUCUUGCCGCUUAGGGUUUUUUCGUUCCUUGAGGUUUUUGGUGGGUGGGGGUUUUUGGAGGUAGGUCUUCUUUUGGGUUUUCUUGGUGCUUUCUUUUAUGGGUAGUUUAUAUUCUUAGCAUUGGGAGUGUCUAGCUUUUCCUUUUCCUUCGGAUGAAAUACCAUCAUCCAUUAUGUUGUUUGGUGGACAGAGGGUAGGGCUCGAAUUUGCGAAAGGUAAGGGAUUUGGGAUGGAGGUUCCGUCUUUCCGAACCCCCUGUGUCUCUCUCACCCCUCUCUUUAGUUUCAAAUGAGUAUAAAGCAAGGUCUUCUUUUGUAAAAGUUUGGGAAUAAGGUUUGAAUUUUUUGCCACCUUUGAAUGGGCUAAAGAUUUUGUUCCUGGUAUCUUGGCUGGGGUUGUUUCCGAGGGUUAGCCUUCAUGCAUCUCUCACUAUGGAAGCCCAUAUCCCACUGUGCUGCCCUCAUCCUGGAGAAGAAAAGCAAGAAGAAAGAUGGAUCUGGUUUGACAGAGGAAGACAGAAGGAAGCCUUCAAUCCUAAGGCAGUUGCAGGAGAACAAGCUCAGAGAGGCCCUGGAGGAAGCUUCUGAAGAUGGGUCACUGGUCAAGUCCCAGGACAUGGACCCUGAGAGCCUUGGCAUCAGCCAGGACGGAAACUUCGGCAGGUCAAGGUCCCUGGCCAGGCUGCGUGCCCAGAGGGAUUUCCUGAGGGCAACCUCCCUUGCUGCUGAGAGGACAUAUUACAGUGAGGAUUCCAUCCCUGAUCUCACUGAGGCCUUCAACAAGUUCCUCAUCAUGUACCCCAAGUUCCAGAUUACGGAAAAGAUUGACCAACUUAGAUCUGAUGAGUAUGGGCACCUGUCUGAUAAGUUUGCUAAGGUAUGUUUGGAUUACUGCGGUUUUGGUCUUUUCUCUCAAACCCAACAACUGCAAUAUUGGGAGUCUUCUGCAUUUAGCCUGUCUGAGAUUACUGCCAACCUGAGUAAUCAUGCACUCUAUGGUGGUGCUGAGAAAGGCACCUGUGAGCAUGAUGUCAAGGCUAGGAUCAUGGACUACCUGAACAUACCUGAAAAUGAGUAUGGUCUUGUCUUCACUGUUAGUAGGGGGUCGGCUUUUAAAUUGCUUGCGGAGUCCUACCCAUUCCAAUCGAACAAAAAACUCCUCACCAUGUUUGAUUAUGAGAGUCAAUCCGUCAAUUGGAUGGCUCAGAGCGCCAAGGAGAAGGGUGCCAAGAUCUACAGCGCUUGGUUCAAAUGGCCGACACUGAGACUCUGCACUUCGGAGCUCCGAAAGCAGAUAUCUGCCGGUAAGAAAAAGAGAAAGAAGGAUUCGGCUGUCGGCCUGUUUGUGUUUCCCGUGCAAUCGAGGGUGACUGGUGCCAAGUACUCGUAUCAGUGGAUGGCAUUAGCGCAGCAGAACAAUUGGCACGUUUUGCUCGAUGCCGGAUCUCUGGGUCCUAAAGACAUGGAUUCCCUUGGGUUGUCUCUCUUCCGGCCUGAUUUUAUCAUCACUUCAUUUUAUCGUGUUUUUGGGUCCGACCCCACAGGCUUUGGAUGCCUGUUGAUCAAGAAAUCAGUCAUGGGGAGCUUGCAGAACCAAUGUGGAACUGCUGGCACUGGGAUGGUGAAGAUCACCCCUGUCUUCCCUCAAUAUCUCAGUGAUUCUUUUGAUGGUUUGGACGGUUUGGCUGGAACAGAAGACGAAAAUGGUGAUGGAAAUGAAGAAACAACACCUGAAAAUGUUAAAGGAAUGCAGUUGCCUGCGUUUUCAGGUGCAUUUACUUCUGCACAGGUUAGAGAUGUGUUUGAGACAGAGUUGGAGCAUGAGAACAGCUCUGACAGGGACGGGGCUAGUACAAUUUUUGAAGAGACGGAGGAGAGUGUUUCGGUUGGAGAGGUUAUGAGGAGUCCUGUGUUCAGUGAGGAUGAGUCUUCGGACAACUCUUUUUGGAUUGAUCUGGGUCAGAGUCCUUUGGGGUCGGAUAACUCUGGCCAGUUGAACAAACCAAAGUUGGGAUCACCACUGCCUCCUUCGUGGUUUUCCAGCAGAAAAAACCAGAAGAGGCUUUCUCCAAAGCAGAACUCAAAGAUAUCUAGGAGCCCCCUUUAUGAUGACAGACGCUUGAAUCCAGGAUCACAUAAUGUACUGUCGUUUGAUGCAGCAGUCCUGUCUGUUUCCCAGGAGUUGGACCGUGUAAAGGAGGUUCCUGAAGAGGAGCAAUCUAUAGAGAUGGAUGUUGUGCCAGAAAAUGGCCUAAAAGAUUCUGAACCAGAUGCUUCUGGCACGAUGGCAAUCUCUGAAGACCAUGUACGUGACACAGAGAUGCAUGAGGAGGAGCAGCACGGUGCAGAAACGAGCUUUUCAUCAGAUGAAAUCAGAGGGGAAAUGGCGGACAAUGGACAUAGCUUGGACCACAUGGCAAAAAGGUCAUCAGUUGACAAGCCAGAUGCUGAUUUAACCCAUGGUAAUGGUUCCAUGCUCAAGAUGCAUCUGGAAGGCAUGGAGCCUAAAGAAAGUGCUAUUAGGAGGGAAACUGAAGGAGAAUUCAGGCUGCUAGGAGGAAGAGAAGGAGGUAGGUUUGCUGGAGGUAGGUUUUUCGGCGUGGAGGACACUGAACGAAUUACUAGCAUGGGGAGGAGGGUUUCAUUUACUAUGGAGGACGACCACAAGCCAAGUCUGAGUCAUUCCGAAGGUGGGGAGGUCUGUGCAACCACAAUAGGUGAUGAUGACACUUUUAGUGAUGGAGAAGUAGAAGCAGAUGAUUGGAGCCGAAGAGAGCCUGAGAUUAUAUGCAGGCAUCUUGAUCAUGUUAACAUGAUGGGUUUAAAUAAAACUACUCUUAGACUGCGUUAUCUGAUCAAUUGGCUUGUUACGUCAUUGCUGCAACUGCGUUUUCCAGAUUCAGACGGUGGAACUGGAGCACCUCUUGUUCACAUUUAUGGGCCGAAGAUCAAGUAUGAAAGGGGUGCAGCUGUAGCCUUUAACAUAUUCGACAGAAGUGGAAGUAUAAUCAAUCCUGAAGCUGUUCAAAAGCUGGCAGAUAAGAAUGGCAUAUCCCUUGGUAUUGGGUUCCUUACUCAUCUCCGGAUUAUGGAGAACCAGAAACAGCUUCCUCGAGAGCUUGAUGCUGAUAACACUUCUUUAUGUAGGCCUAUUUCAAAUGGCCGUCAUGACAUGAAGAAUCCCAUGAUCAGAGUAGAGGUCGUCACUGCUUCCCUUGGUUUCUUGACAAAUUUCGAAGAUGUAUACAAGAUGUGGGCGUUUGUGGCCAAGUUUCUUAAUCCAUCUUUUGUUGAGGUUGAUGGAUUAUCCACCAUACCUGAAUCUGGAGAAGGGUGAAGCUCGCUCAUCUGACUGAUGCUUUUUCUUGUGCCAGCUUGAUGGGAGUUAUAGGUCCAUUGCAUCCAAAGAGAUGAAUUACUUGCCUGCCUUUGCUGACCAUAUUAUUUUGGGAAACGGUUGGCUGCAUGAUAUAGCCAAGAAUAGAUGCAUCGGAAGGCUUUGCUGUGUGCUCAUUGUUCUUUUGCAUCUUUGUUGGAAUGAAAUCUCUUCAAGGAAGUGGUGUUUGAGUUGUCAAUGAAAACAAAUGAGUGGUGCAGAAUUUGUUGAUUGUGGGUAAAAUUUGUUUAUUCUUGUUCUUUUAUAUUUUUUUCCACUUCGGUUUAUGUAGAUUUCUCUAGAAUGAUGUAUCACUCAGUCCACCCUUAGGGUCCUCUUCAGUUUAAUGGAGUCUGUAAAGGCAAUACUUUGAGGAUGAGCAAACAAAUGCUGUCAUAUGAAAGGACCUCGGUUAGUUCA